CUUGGCGAGAGGCUGUCUCUGGCUUGGCGAGAGGCUGGCUGCAGCCUGCCUGCUUUUCUGAGCGUUCGGUGGGCCGGGUCCGCGACCUCCUCCUCCGGCUGGACUCCUUCCAACCCUCACAGAAUCCAGAGAUGAUGUCAAAGGAUUCCCCAUAUUCUCUCAGUAUUGAUGAGCCUGCCAUGUGAAAUUAAUGUCUGGGACACUGCUAACUGCCGGAGACAGCUACAGCUAAGAGAUCAUGAGCAUUGUCCAGCAAAGGCUGCCAUGUGAGCACAUGAAUAGAAGAAGAAAAUUUCUUCUUGCCUCGGUUCUUGCUCUCCAUAAUUCAAGUUUCAUCUACCCUUCAUGUCAAAAGUGCUUCUCUCGGAUAAUCCUAGUCUCCAAAAGGUCUAAUUGUCCAAAAUGUGGUUCUGCUGGUGAAGCUGAAAAUGCCAGUUAUAGAUACAAGCUUUCCAUAAAAGUUGCAGAAUCAAACAAAUUAUUUGCUGUUACUGUUUUCGGAAGCUGUUUAGAUACAUUUUUUGGUCUUGCAGCCACUGAUUUACACAGAUACAUCCAGGAUCCUAAUGAAAUCCCAGGAACACUGGAUAGUGAUUCAACUCAGAACCUAUUAACCAAAGCAGUUGAAACUUGCUUUGUUGGACAGAGCUUUAUAUUUGGAGUGACGAAUUUUGAAAACCAACAUGGGCGAGGUUCAGAUUCCAGGAACUCCUUAGAACAGUGCCCUGACGACAGGAGAGACAUUAAAGAGCUAGUAGCUUGCCAGAUGGUCCUACCAGACCCGGGUGUUGCAGGCUUCACGGUCAUGGACUAUUUCCGGCAGCUUUUGCGGCUUUCUGAUUUCAAGAAACUUCACAGUGGCUCCCAGACACCUAGUAGUCACUCAAGUAGUGAUCUCAGCAGCAUAUGUGGCCCUGACAGCAGUUCUUGUUCUUUUGAGUCUAAUGGCAAAGAUACUUUUUUACUACUCUGGCAACCAUCACUUGAACUUACUUCUGUUGUUUCACAGCCAACAGAGGAUGCUAACUUUUCAGCUUCACAUCAAAGCAAGGUUGUUGACACUCUUUACCAGAAUAGAGAGUGCAUUUCCUUGGCAGAGGCUACUGGUUCCAGUGGUUACCAUGAAGCCAUUCAGUGUUCAUGGAGUCUUGUUUCCUAUAUGAAUCAAAAGAGUACAGCGCAAAAGCUGGGUGAAGAACUUGACCUACAAGCUAAUCAGCCAAAUGCAGUUCAGAGCAGUCAGCAUGAUAUUGCAGUUACUGGCUCUAAUUUAUUCCCUUUGAAAAUGCAAGAACCUUGUGAGCCAAGUAAUACAAAAUCCUUCCAUAGUGCACUGGAAAUUGAAAACAGGUAUUCUCUGCAUGAACUAACAUGUCACCAGCAUCAAGAUGUCAAUACCCUGCUGAGCCUUCAGGAAAGACCUACAUGUUGUCCACUGUUAUCGCUCAGACCUGAAGAGAUAGCUGGUGGCUCCCCAGAUGAUGACCCCAAGAUCUGGGAUGAUCUGCCAUUCUCUGAAAGCUUAAACAAGUUUCUGGCAGUUAUUGAAAGUGAGAUUGCUGUAACCCAGACAGAUGCCAGCAGUAGGAAAUGUUGUCUAGACAAUGGCAUUGAUAAAUUAUGUGCAGACCACAGCAGUUUAUCUGUGACUCCCCAGAGAACUACGGGACCCUUGCAUACCCCACCCAUAGCUUUAGGAUCAUCGCAAGCAAAGGUCAAAACAAACUCUGGCAAAGAUAACUUCUUGUCCAAUUCUGAAGCAAAUCCAACUCGUAGUGUUCAAAAAGAGUCAAAACCACGUAACCCAGCAGAGGCUAUCUCUAUAAGUAGAGGUGGAAGAGAUAUUUCUCAAAAUUUCUUGUCAAGCACUGGUCCGUCAGCUCUGUUUCCAUCUUCAAAAGGUUUAGGAACAUCAUCUCUUACAAAUUCUACCAGAAUUCCACCACAUAGGGCUGCAAUUUCAGUUACAUGCAGUACUUUAGAGAGUGACCAUUCUUACUUCAAUAUCAAAUAUUUUAAUGGAUGUGGAGAGGAAUCACUUCUGGAAACAAGUGAGAAGUUGACCACUUUGUGUGCUAGGAGGUAUAAUGAUGUUUCCGACCUUUGCAACUUAGAAAAUAAACAAUAUAGUAGGUGGCCAGAGAACCAAGGUGAUGGUCUUACAAUUUGCAGGAAACUUACAUAUCCCUUAGAAGCGCCCUGCAGCAGUCCAAAGAGAAGUACAAAUACAUUGAAAGAAAUGCCUUAUGGACAUAUCGAUAAUAUAACACAAGAGUAUUUUUCUGGUCAUGAAGGUAGCUACAAUGCUUCUGCUGAUCUCUUUAAUGAUAGUGCGAAAGAAAUGGACAUUGCAACAGAGAUCACCAAAAAAUCACAGGAUAUUCUGUUACAAUGGGGACAGCCUCUGUCUGAAAGUCAUCAUACAGAACCUGAUUCUUCACUGAGAUCACUUUCUGAAAACUCCUGCCAAUCAUCACAAAAAUUGUCCUCGCAAAACAUGCCUGCCUCCAUGUACCCCAAAACAUGCCCUUCACAUUUUCCAUCAGAUUUAGAAAGUGAUUUUGAAGAUAGCCAAGACUUUGUUCCAUGUUCACAGUCAACUCCUAUUGCAGGAUUCCACCAAACAAGAGUUCAUGGGAGGAAAGGAGAUUUCAAGAAAUUACUUGCCUUUUGUUCAGAUCUUGAUGCUAACUAUAAAAAACCAAGAAUUUCCUCUGAAAAUGAGGCACAGCAAGCCACUCCCAGCUGUCCAAAAAAUAUGAAAACACCCAGUCAGAUGUCCAGAAGCCCUGUUAUAUCUAGUAUUACACAACCAGAGGUUUUCAAAAACUGUCCUGUUGCUGAGUGUCUUGAACCUGACAUUGAUGAAUGGGUCCCUCCUACCACAAAAAAAGUACUUCUUUCAGAUGGGCUUGGAUUCCAAAUCAUGGGUCUAAGGAAAUGCCCUGCUGCCUGUAAUUCUCCCAAUCAAAAUGCAUUACCCAGAAAGAAACUGAGUCAUAUCAAAAAAAGAACCAAUAAAUGUUUAAUUAAGAAGGAAUUAAAUUUAAAGAAUAUGUUUACAGCUGUAGUUACAAACCAGAAAACUCCUAACUAUAAUAGUACACACUCAGGGUGGAUUUCCAAAGGGUCAGUUUUGGGACUUGGUUCUUGUUCAGAAGUCAGAUGUUGCCUUUCAUUUUCAGAAAAUGGGCCACCUUCAGUGCCUGAAGCUAAAAGCGCUUGGUCUCCUGAACUGUUUUCAUAAAAUGUCACCUUACCCCAAUGGCUGAAGUUUUAAAGAUAAGUCUGUUUGGAAACUUUUACCUCCACUGUCAUGGAAAGCAUUCUUAAUAUUUUUAACCCUUGAAAGAGACACGAAUAGAAAAGAGGUGCUGUUGUGUCUUUUAAAAGGUUUGUAGAGCAGUUGUUUUCCUGUGUUUUAUCCAGAAUACUCUGAUUCAGAUAAUUUGGCACUUUAUAUUCUUAACUUACUUUAGUAAUAUUGUUAGUUUUGUGUGUUAAAAUUUGUUAAACUCACAUGUACAUUCAGAAAUAAAGACUUUGUGAAGCAAAACUUAAAAAUCUUCACUAACUAUUCAGCUCAGUUCAGCUCAGAAAAUACCUGUUAUGUUAGACCAACUGCUGUGUCAAGUUUGUGAUACCAAGCUAUAAGAUUACUGAUCUCAAAAGAUUUUGUUCUACUGAGGAAAACACAUACUACAGACAAUUUCAUUACAGUGCAGAAAAUGCAAUGAAAGAGGUUUUUAGUGGGUAUUACAAACAUUUAUGUUGCUGUAAGAUUGUGAUAGAGAAGCAGUUAACCCAGCAAAAUCUGGGCUGGGGAUAAGAAGAAGGGUCAAU